CGUGCAGAUUAAGGGACUGUGGGAUAAAUUUGACUAUCCAGCCGCUUGGAAGCUCCGGUAUAACACGGCUUUCCUGUGGCAAAGUGCGCAUGAGCAGCUAGGGCAGAUUUAAAGACUGCCUUCAGAAACAGAUGUUAGACGCUGUGCUUUAGCAGCAGUCCUCGUGCGGAAAACUUUGGAAUGGUUUUAAGUCAACUGAAAAUAAGCUCAUGCUCCAGUCUAUCAGCUGCCUGAUUUGAGAGUAACUUGACCAGUGAAAGAGAAAGCCCCAGAGGAACCUUUGCAGAAAGCUGUGCAGAGAGGGGGAAAAGAGCAUCACACAGAAAUCUGACACAUACAAAGAAGGAAAAGGCUCAGCUCAGAGUCAAACAACAGGAGGUCAUGAAUUCAGUGUCUUCUAAGGAAAUGUCAUCACUGGAAUAGGAUGACUGGAAUUUCUACAACUAAAGAUCUCUCUUACAAGCCUGAAAGGAAACUUGGCACAUUAUGUGAAGAAGCAGCAGGCUGCUACUGUCUCUGUGAUUACAGAAAAAUAAAUUAUACUGAGGACUGGAUUUUAAAAAGCUCUUCUCUUUCUUUCUGAACAUGACUACUAGGAAGAUGCAAACAUGACAAGGUGCUCUCUCAUGGUUUGGCAGGAUCUGAACAUUCCAAAUGCAGAAAUGAUUUGGCAACUAACAUCUUACUGGAUAUCUCUGGUCACACCACUGAUUCUUGGUCUGCUUCUGCAGCCACCACUGACACAGCUUGCAACCCUCACACAGCCAAAUAUUGUCCUGUUGAUGGCUGAUGACCUCGGCAUAGGGGAUGUAGGUUGCUAUGGGAAUGAUACUAUCAGGACCCCUAACAUUGAUCGCCUGGCAAAGGAAGGAGUGAAACUGACCCAACACAUAGCUGCGGCUCCACUUUGCACCCCCAGCAGAGCAGCCUUCCUCACUGGCAGAUAUCCCCUCCGAUCAGGGAUGGAUGCUAUAAACAAUUACCGUGUUAUUUUUUGGAAUGCCGGCUCAGGAGGGCUUCCUCCGAACGAAACCACUUUUGCCAGAAUACUGCAGCAGCAAGGCUACAGCACAGGACUGAUAGGGAAAUGGCAUCAAGGUGUUAACUGUGAAUCCCGCAACGACCAUUGCCAUCACCCUUUAAACCAUGGGUUUGACUAUUUUUAUGGGAUGCCUUUUACGCUAAUAAGUGACUGCCAACCAAUGGAAACACCAGAGAUGGACAGAGUCUUUAGAAGACGACUCUGGCUUUACACUGAGAUGAUUGGUCUCGUUACACUCACCGCCACCCUAGGACGACUGACCGGCUUGAUUUCAGUCCGCUGGAAAACGCUGACCUGCCUUGCUGGGUUUAGUCUCCUGUUCUUCAUAUCCUGGUUCUCAAGUUAUGGGUUUGUACGAUACUGGAACUGCAUUAUGAUGAGAAACCAUGAAGUUACUGAGCAGCCAAUGGUGACAGACAGGACUACGUCCCUUAUCUUGAGAGAGUCCAUUUCAUUUAUUGAAAGAAACAAGCACAAGCCGUUCCUCCUCUUCCUUUCCUUUUUACACUCCCACACCCCUCUCCUCACCACAGAGAAGUUUCUUGGGAGGAGCAGCCAUGGUUUAUAUGGAGACAAUGUAGAGGAGAUGGACUGGAUGGUGGGCCAGGUUCUAGACGCUAUUGACAAGGAAGGCUUGAAAAAUACUACACUAGUUUACUUUGCCUCUGAUCAUGGUGGAUGGCUGGAAAGACAAGAAGGCAUAAGGCAGCUGGGUGGCUGGAAUGGAAUAUACAGAGGUGGAAAAGCUAUGGGAGGCUGGGAAGGAGGAAUCCGAGUCCCAGGGAUAUUUAGAUGGCCAGGAGUGCUACCUGCAGGCACAGUUAUCGAUGAACCUACAAGCCUUAUGGACAUUUAUCCUACAGUAGUUCAUCUGGCUGGAGGGGUGUUACCCCAGGACAGGGUAAUUGAUGGCCGGGAUCUGAUGCCUUUACUGCGAGGAACAGCUGAGCACUCAGAGCACGAGUUCCUGUUUCAUUACUGUGGCAUUCACUUACAUGCUGUGCGGUGGCACCAGAAGGACAGCGGAGCCAUCUGGAAGGCUCAUUAUAUGACCCCAGUCUUUCAUCCACCCGGGGCUGGGGCUUGUUAUGAUAGAGGAUUUUGCCCAUGUUUUGGGGAAGGUGUGACCCAUCAUGAGCCUCCGUUGCUGUUUGAUCUCUCACGAGACCCUUCAGAAGCCAAACCUCUGUCAGCUGACACUGAGCCCCUCUUUGACACUGUCAUAAGGAGGAUUGGAAGAGCCAUAGAAGAGCAUCGCAGGACACUGACUCCAGUCCCAGAGCAGCUCUCCUUGUACAAUGUUGUGUGGAAGCCGUGGCUGCAGCCCUGCUGUGGGACGUUCCCGUUCUGUUGGUGUGAUAAGGAAGGUGAUAAUAAACUUGCUGACCUAUGAAGGAAAGAACCAAAGUUACUUCCUCAUAUGUGUUUUUAGAUCAGGAGUGUUUCCUUUGGGGUUGGUGACUGGUGGGUUGUUUGUUUAUUUGUUUUAAUAGAGCCUUUACAAGGUAAUUGUUCCAGUAAAUAGAACACUAUUUGGUAAAGGUGGCUUUAGGCUGGACACUUUCAGGGAGCAAGCAAGGCAGAAUGAUAUGAAGAGCAUGUUUUAACUUGGGUCUGUUGACAACUGCAUGAAUAGUUCAAAUGCACUGAAUCACACACCAAGAUUAGAGCUGUACAAGUAAUGAUAUAAAUAAUGUUUUGUUGUUUAUGAAAGUAUACCUAGAAGAUUUGUUUUGGUUUUUGUUCUGAAUUUCUAAUUCAGGGACUGAGGUCUCCCUUAAUUUUGUUAUCCUUACUAGUGAUGCAUAAGGUGUCACUAUAAAAAAUUUGUGCAGACUACUGCCUCCAGAAUAAUUCCAAGACAAUUUUUCCAACAGUUCCUCACAGAAUCUCCUUUAAAAGUAGCUUCCUUCCUUCCUUGUAGCUAGCCCCUCCAGCAGCAGUGAUGAUGGCAGCUGAUUAGCCUGGGGCUUCUGAAUCAGGAGGAAUUGCCUGGGUGAGGCAUAAAGCUUGGAAACGGGACAAGCUGGGUAACUGCUGUCUGUGCUUUCUGAGAAGGAUGGGUCUCCUCUGACUGGAGUCAGCCUCUUUUGAUGGAGAACGCUGGCACAGGCGUAGUGGCAUUUAUGGUCACAGAAAUGCCACACUGACAAAUAGUUCAGUCAUUUGGGCACAGGAUUGCACGAGUCACCUUGCUGCCCAUAUCUCAGUCAUAAAUGGUUCCUGCUAACAAGUAGUAGGUUCAGAAAGACUUUGUGAAAGAUGCCCAAUACUAAGUAUGAAAACAAACUCUAAUUUACUAUUAAAAAAUAAAUGCAGAAUUAAGGGGUUUUUUUCUUCACAAGUUAAAUUUCAUCCCACUGAACAGCUAGAUUUACUUAUAUCUCUCUCUUUUGCUGCUGUAAAUUCAGGUCUUCUCUUCUUUGUGUUAAAAUAGUUGUUCCUAUUUAAAUGGCCCCAGCAUUUCUUUGUAGGGCAUAUAUCUGUAUAUAUCUGUACACACAGACAAGUUUACACUGGUAUAUCUGAAUAUGUAGGCACCUGAGAACAUAAUUUGCCCAUUCAAUUUAUUUCACAUGCUUUUUACUAUCUUUCUAACUGUCAUGCUAGGACCCAUUUCAGCUGUUCAUCUCCUUUGAUAAAUGUUCUGUUUAUUUUGGUUUUAUUUUCCCCCUUGUUUCCCACAAUUCAGCCACCAGAAAAUUUGCAGGUAACAAAGCCAUGCAGCUUAAAAGCAAAGUUUUAUUACAUGCUGUGACUUAAUGCAUUUCAUAGACUGUUGUAAUUCACCCAGAUGCUCCCCAGUGCUAGUGAUGAGAAAGGUGCUCAGUCGUACUGUGAAAACUUCAAGAGAUGAAGUGAAUCCACCACUUCACAUGUACUGAAUUAUUCCCUAAUUUCCUCCAUUGUUAAGAGUGUGUGCUUUAUUUCUCAUUUUAAUAUAUUCUAUUUCACUGGUUCUUUCUCAGCUAAAUUUAAAGUUCUUUCCGUAUUCACUGUGCAGUGUUUACUUUACAUUAAAUCGUUGUAAUCAGACUGGCAUUUUUCAAUUUUCGCAGUCGUUUUCCAAGACUUCACUUCCAUUCUCAAGCUGGUUAAGUAUCUGGGAUUUUACAUCCUCUUUGAAAACAUGUGGAUAUAAUACCUGUUCAUCUGAUCGAACCAGUUUUUCUUGCACAGAAAUACAUCACAGUACUGUAGGAUAUCCAUUUGGAGCUAGAAGGUACAGGAAGGCAUCUGAGCUAGAAUCUGCCCUGGAUACGGGCAUUUGCCCGUGAAAGCACAGUUAUCAGGGCCUGCUGAUAUGCAAAGUGCCAUGGGAUCAGCAAAUGUUCAGGGCCUGUUAACAUGGACAUCACAUGUGGAAUGGUCAUGAGCAAUAAUAAAGGCUGC